CAACAUGGGCACCGUUUCAAACGUAUUUUAUUUAAUCCUAUCCUUCGGUAUUAUCCUCGAACUUGGUUCUAUUAAUGCUUCCAGAUUUAAGUUUACCAACUUUAUUUGCGAUUCAAUGAAUGAAUCUUGGAUCGCAGUUCAUCAGUGCCGUUUAAAGGCAAUUCGAAGGGACAGAACGACAUUGAGUUUUAAUGGGACUGUGCUAAAAACAGUGUCGAGGUUUCGAGUCCAUGCUCAAAUUUUCAAGAGGGCCAAUGGAUUUAAGCCGUGGCUCUACAACAUCACCUUUGAUGGUUGUCGAUUUUUGCGAAAACCCUAUGAACCGCCCGUGCUAAUUGUUUUCAAUCUGAUCAAACGAUAUUCUAAUUUCAAUUUCACAUGUCCAUAUAUGGGUCCAGUAUAUAUAAUGGGAGUCCAUGUCAUUGGAGAACAGAUUCCGGUCCCACUCCCCACUGGGGAUUACUUAAUACAAAUAAAGUGGUAUAUUGGUAAGGUACUUUUUUUAUCGACAGGCAUAUACUUUGCUUUUGAAGAGAACUUAUCAUCUUAUUAA